AUGUUUCAUCCCGUCAUUGUACUGAAGAAUGCAGCCGAUUUGGCGAGCGUAAUUGCUAGUUUAUUCUCGAAGAAUCGAGAUUCUCGCCGAUCGCGUGAGAAACUGCGAACCAUUAGAAGGAGAAGAAAUGGAGUGUCUCUCGCUAACAAUCGUCCCAAAAUGCGUGUAUCAUCAAUUGUCUCGUCAUCGAGGACUAGUUCUAUUUUUGAAGGUACCUCACCGAGUACGAGUACGGUUGGAUCAAUUAGUAAUGAGAACACGCAUUCCUUUGAGAACAGCGAUGCGGCCAAUGCAAAUGUGGAGGAUGGUCUUAACGAAGACACCUUGUCACUUCGAACACUGCCUAUUUCAAAUGCUGAAAUGUAUUGCCCUGAUCUUGUAUGCGGCGAGAGUGCGGCAGAAACCCACAAGCGCAUACUCGACGAAUGGACCAAGUGCAGAGACGACGUUGAAACCGAUGAAAGUUCAGUGCUCGUCGUUAGCGAAGACAUUCGAAACGACAGCUGCUAUGGUUCUGUACCAGCACCAUCUUUCAAUAUCGGGAUAUCUGAAAGUGACUUCAGCGAAUGUGAAACAUCUUUCCAGUCCUUACGUUUGCGUCGUCGCGAUUCGUCCAAAAACGAUGCUGUGGAGGCCGGAUUCGAACCAUCGACUGCUGUUCCACGCUGUCACUCAACUCACUGUCUAGCCUUCGUCAAUUCACAAUUUCAGGCCAGCGAUUUAAAUGUUUCUCAUAGUCGACGUGCUGGGAGAGAGUUUGAGAUACCUCCAACGGCGGUUGUCGGUCCUCGCCAAUGUAUUCGCGCAACUCACGUCACUGAGGAACGCGGAACGAAUCGUAACCACUCACCAAACGACAUCGAGCGGUACAGACACAGUCUUCAGCAUCUAAACGCUGCAACUUUGUACAACCUGUCUGCGAUUUCAUAUAGCGACUCUCCGCUUGUAAGCGGUAUGAACUACAAUUUCACCGACGAGCAGUGUGUGACUCCUCAGAGUCAGCGACGCAGUGUACAGAAUGCGAGCACCCGCCAUCAGCAAAUGUUUUUCGAUGGCGCAGCGAUGACCAGCACUCCCAUCAAUAAGAUCGCUGUUGCACCGCAACCCCAAACGCAGAGGUCAAGGCAUCGUCACCAACGAGAAUCUGAUGUUGACAGAAAUCAACCAUUGGCAAAUACAACGGAACGAAGAGGUAGCAGUUCUGGAUUGAUUCUACCUGCUUAUCAAGCUUACUUCCGCAAUGGAGGCGAGGAACGCUUGGUGGACGGUCCUCCACCAUCUCCGAAAGAUUCACGAGUGACGCAAUUAGAACAGCGAGUACGAGAGCUCGAAGCGAUGGUAGUCGGGCAAGCCACUGCUAACAACACUGCCGUCGUUAUUCCAGUGACACCUACGCAACAAUCGAAACAUGGUCACGGUCGUUCCUCACACGCCCCACCACCUACCCAGCUUAUCAUUUCAAAUUCAACGCCAUCUACUUCUGUCACACAGCAACUCAUGGCGAAAGAAGUUGUCAGCAAAGAAGUAGAAAUUGAACGACUUCAGGCGAAACUAAGGAAGGCAUACGCUCAAAUGGAGCGCCAGCAAGCAGACUACGACGAAGAAGUGCGCAAAUUUAAGAAGGACUCUGAAUUGGCCAAAGAAGAACUUGUCCGCGUUGUGAAUAAAUUGAAUGAUCUCGAAGCCGAAUCGAAUAAGUACCACGAAAAGGCAAAAACUCUCGACAGUGGACAGUUGAACGCAAUUGCGGAAAUGCAGGAAAAGCUUAGGAUCCAGGAAAAGGAACUUUCUCGGUUGCGAAGUGAAUUAAACGAGAAAGAGAAGAUAGCGGAGCGCUACGACGAAAUGAAAAAGGAGCUAGACUAUUUAGAGUUGCAAAACGAUACACUCAAUCAGACACUCGACUCCAAGGAAAAUACUGUUAAAGAGCUGGAACGACAUAUAGCUUCGAUGCGCAUGGAGGCCACUCUGUAUCAACAAUCGUGCUCCUCAGGAUCAACUCCUCUUGCUGACGAAACGGAGUCAUUAGCUGAUAUACGCCCACCAUUUACUCCAGCUCGUCCUUAUACUAAGGCCCAUUCAACUUUAGGAGCGAAUUUAAGUCCCCAACCACGCCCCAAGAAUGGAGGAGGUUUAACUAAAAGUCUCUCCAAUUACGCAAUUGACGCUAAUUGCAACCGUAGAGACGACGUGUCUGCAGCUAUGAGCAGGAGUUUGAGGUCAACCCAGAAGAAGUUGGUAGAUAGCCGUUUGCUCGUGAAAUGUCUCAAAGAGACCGUGGAAAGAUUGGCAAGGGGUGAGAAUCCCGACAUAAGUCGUCUCCUCGGGAUAAAGACUGAUUCCAUGUCCGAGAGCGAAGCAGAGCAGGUUGCGUUUGAUUCAACAGCAAUGACAAUGGGUGUGGCGGAAAAAAUGAUGCGCCGUCAAGAAGAAAGUAUGGCAAAACUGGAACAGGAUCUAGAUGCGAUUCGUUACCUGGUGCAAGACUGCUACCAGUCCAAAAUGGGUGACACACUCAAUGGACGCGAUGAUGCGUGCCGCAUACAGUGA